CGCAGGGAGUGCCCCGGGCGCGGACGGCGGUCGGCUGCGCGCGGGACCCCGGAGCCCCGGACCCGCGGCGGGUGCGCCCGGGCGGCGGCCCCGCCAGCCUCCUGGUUCCCUCCCAUCCUCCUUUGCCCUUGAGUGCCCAACAAUGGCGACCGUGGACACCCUUCCCGAAUACGAGAAGAGCCAGAUCAAGAGAGCCCUGGAGCUGGGGAUGGUGAUGUCUGUGUUCAGCUUUCGCAAGUCCACGCCCGAGCGGAGGACCGUGCAGGUGGUCAUGGAGACCCGGCAGGUGGCCUGGAGCAAGACUGCUGACAAGAUUGAGGGCUUCUUGGAUAUCAUGGAAAUAAAGGAGAUCCGUCCAGGGAAAAACUCCAAGGAUUUUGAGCGUGCAAAGACAGUCCGCCAGAAGGAAGACUGCUGCUUCACUAUUUUGUACGGCACCCAGUUUGUCCUCAGCACACUAAGUUUAGCAGCUGACUCUAAAGAGGAUGCGGUCAAGUGGCUUUCUGGCCUGAAGAUCUUACACCAAGAAGCAAUGAGUGCACCUACCCCCACGAUUAUUGAGAGUUGGCUGAGGAAGCAGAUUUAUUCUGUGGAUCAAACCAGAAGAAACAGCAUCAGCCUGCGAGAGCUGAAGACCAUCUUGCCCCUGGUCAACUUCAAAGUGAGCAGUGUCAAGUUCCUCAAGGAUAAGUUUGUGGAAAUAGGCGCACACAAAGAUGAACUCAGCUUUGAACAGUUCCAUCUCUUCUAUAAAAAACUUAUGUUUGAACAGCAAAAAUCGAUUCUUGACGAAUUCAAGAAAGAUUCUUCGGUGUUCAUCCUGGGGAACACCGACCGGCCGGAUGCCUCUGCUGUCCACCUGCACGACUUCCAGAGGUUUCUGCUGCACGAACAGCAGGAGCUUUGGGCUCAGGAUCUGAAUAAAGUCCGGGAGCGGAUGACGAAGUUUAUUGACGACACGAUGAGGGAAACGGCCGAGCCCUUCUUGUUUGUUGAUGAGUUCCUCACAUACUUGUUUUCACGAGAAAACAGCAUUUGGGAUGAGAAGUACGAUGUGGUUGACAUGCAGGACAUGAAUAACCCCUUGUCUCAUUAUUGGAUCUCCUCGUCACACAACACGUACCUCACGGGGGACCAGCUGCGGAGCGAGUCGUCCCCGGAGGCCUACGUCCGCUGCCUGCGGAUGGGCUGCCGCUGCAUCGAGCUGGACUGCUGGGACGGGCCGGAUGGGAAGCCCAUCAUCUACCAUGGCUGGACACGGACCACCAAGAUCAAGUUUGAUGACGUUGUGCAGGCCAUCAAAGACCACGCCUUUGUCACCUCAAGCUUCCCGGUGAUCCUGUCCAUCGAGGAGCACUGCGGCGUGGAGCAGCAGCGCCACAUGGCCAAGGUGUUCAAGGAGGUGUUCGGCGACCAGCUGCUCACGAAGCCCACGGAGGCCAGCGCUGACCAGCUGCCCUCGCCCAGCCAGCUGCGGGAGAAGAUCAUCAUCAAGCACAAGAAGCUGGGUCCGCGAGGUGAUGUGGACAUCAACGUGGAAGACAAGAAAGAGGAGCACAAGCAGCAAGGCGAGCUGUACAUGUGGGAUUCCAUCGACCAGAAAUGGACUCGGCACUACUGCGCCAUCGCCGAUGCCAAGCUGUCCUUCAGCGACGACAUUGAACAGACUGUAGAAGAGGAACCACCCCAGGAUACACCCCCCACAGAGAUGCAUUUUGGGGAGAAGUGGUUCCACAAAAACGUAGACACGAGGACAAGUGCCGAGAAGCUGCUGCAGGAAUACUGCGCCGAGACUGGGGGCAAGGACGGGACCUUCUUGGUGCGGGAGAGUGAGACCUUCCCCGACGACUACACCCUGUCCUUCUGGCGGUCGGGCCGCGUGCAGCACUGCCACAUCCGCUCCGCCGCGGAGGGCGGGGUCCCGAAGUACUACCUGACGGACAACCUCGUGUUCGGGAGCAUCUACGCGCUCGUCCAGCACUACCGCGAGAGCCACCUGCGCUGCGCCGAGUUCGAGCUCCGGCUCACCGACCCCGUCCCCAACCCCAACCCGCACGAGUCCCAGCCGUGGUACUACGCCGGGCUGAGCCGCGGGGAGGCCGAGGACAUGCUGAUGCGCGUGCCCCGCGACGGCGCCUUCCUGGUCCGCAGGCGGGAGGGCAGCGACUCCUACGCCAUCACCUUCAGGGCCAGGGGCAAGGUGAAGCACUGCCGCAUCAGCCGGGACGGCCGGCACUUCGUGCUGGGCACCUCCGCCUACUUUGAGAGCCUGGUGGAGCUGGUCAGCUACUACGAGAAGCACGCGCUCUACCGGAAGAUGAGGCUGCGCUACCCGGUGACCCCCGAGCUCCUGGAGCGCUACAGCAUGGAGAGAGACAUCAGCUCCCUCUAUGAUGUCAGCCGAAUGUACGUGGAUCCGAGUGAAAUCAAUCCUUCCAUGCCUCAGAGAACCGUGAAAGCACUGUACGACUACAAAGCUAAGCAAAGCGAUGAGCUGAGCUUCUGCCGAGGCGCCCUCAUCCACAACGUCUCCAAGGAGCCCGGGGGCUGGUGGAAAGGAGACUACGGGGCCAGAAUUCAGCAGUACUUCCCGUCGAAUUACGUUGAGGACAUAUCAACGGUUGAUGUUGAGGAGCUGGAGAAGCAGAUUAUUGAAGACAACCCCUUGGGGUCUCUUUGCAGAGGGAUUUUAGAUCUCAACACCUACAACGUUGUGAAAUCCCCACAAGGGAAAAACCAGAAGCCUUUUGUCUUCAUCCUGGAGCCCAAGAAGCAGGGGGACCCUCCGGUGGAGUUCGCCACCGACAGGGUGGAGGAGCUGUUCGAGUGGUUUCAGAGCAUCCGGGAGAUCACCUGGAAGAUCAGCGCCAAGGAGAACAACAUGAGGUACUGGGAGAAGAACCAGUCCAUCGCCAUUGAGCUCUCCGACCUGGUCGUCUACUGCAAACCCACCAGCAAAACCAAGGACAAUCUAGAAAACCCCGACUUCCGAGAAAUCCGCUCUUUUGUGGAGACCAAGGCUGACAGCAUCAUCAGACAGAAACCUAUCGAUCUUGUGAAGUACAACCAAAAGGGCCUGACCCGUGUCUACCCAAAGGGACAAAGGGUUGACUCGUCAAACUACGAUCCCUUCCGCCUCUGGCUGUGUGGCUCACAAAUGGUGGCGCUCAAUUUCCAGACUGCAGAUAAGUACAUGCAGAUGAAUCACGCCUUGUUUUCCCUCAACGGGCGGACGGGCUAUGUCCUGCAGCCUGAGAAUAUGAGAUCAGAGAAGUACGACCCGACACCUCCGGAGUCGCAGAGGAAGAUCCGGAUGACUCUGACGGUCAAGGUUCUUGGUGCUCGCCAUCUCCCCAAGCUUGGCCGGAGCAUCGCCUGUCCCUUUGUAGAGGUGGAAAUAUGCGGCACUGAGUACGACAACAACAAGUUUAAGACAACAGUUGUGAAUGACAAUGGCUUAAGCCCCAUCUGGGCUGCCACACAGGAGAAGGUGACAUUCGAAAUUUAUGACCCAAACCUCGCAUUUCUGCGCUUUGUGGUUUAUGAGGAAGAUAUGUUCAGCGAUCCCAAUUUUCUCGCUCACGCCACUUACCCCAUUAAAGGGAUCAAGUCAGGAUUUAGAUGUGUUCCUCUCAAGAACGGGUACAGUGAAGACAUCGAGCUGGCUUCCCUCCUGGUUUUCUGUGAGAUGCGGCCCGUCCUGGAAAGCGAGGAGGAGCUUUACUCCUCCUGUCGCCAGCUGCGGAGGCGGCAGGAAGAGCUGAACCACCAGCUCUUUCUGUAUGACACGCACCAGAACCUGCGCAGUGCCAACCGGGAUGCCUUGGUGAAGGAGUUCAAUGUCAACGAGAACCAGCUCCAGCUGUACCAGGAGAAGUGCAACCGGAGGUUAAGGGAGAAGCGAGUCAGCAACAGCAAGUUUUACUCAUAGACGCGGGGGUAGUAUGUCAGGUGGGACCUGCGUGUGUCUGCGUGUAAGAGACUAUGCCUGAGUCAGCCCGUGGGAAGAUGCUAAUCUGUGAUGUCAUCCUCUCUUCAAGCCUGUCACCAAAGUGACUCUUCCCAAGAAGACCCAACUGGCAUGAGUUGGGGUGAUUUCCUGCUCUCCUCUUUUUUCUUGGACAACUUUCUUAACUUACAUUCUCUGUAGAGCGUCCUGAAAACGUGCAUCUCAUUUUUGGCCUCUCGUGUUUCAAACUCAUUGAAUAAAAGCAGUGGGCGUCUCGAUCGGUUACCUCUCUGCUGAACAGGAUUACUUUCCUGGCAAACAGGAUUCUGCCGCUAAUGAACCAGGUGAUUGACGACCAUGGAGAAGCCUGAAAUGUAAGGAACUAAUGCAGUAGAUUCUGGAAAGGAUUUUAACUAAAAGGCAGAGGAUUCCACAGUUCAGGCCACAGGGUUCCACCAGGGCCCAAGGGGGUUCCUGCCCCUGCCUGGCACAUUCUCCCAAACUCCCUGCCCUGGGUCAGCGGCUCAGCUCAAUGCACUGAACUACCACCGGCUGGCCAGCUGGCUAGACCGGCCUCCUGCAUGGACCUGCCACAGUGAUGAGAGAUGGUUGGUUGAUGGAAUCUGUAUUCAUUGAGAAAAAUUUCUAAAUGCCUUCUGCACAAGAUCGAUGAAUGGUAGACUUGCUUCUUGACUGGCAUUUUGGGGGUGGGGAGUGGAAGUCUUUGGGCCUCUCUGUUUUUAAAUGGCCGCUCAGAGACCAGCUGAAGGCUCAGCCAGCUCAUUACCCACACUCUGCCUGUCCCCCCUCACUGCCCCUGUGCCUCUCGUCUCCCUGAGCUGGCUGUGAGACCACAGCAAAGGCCCUCAGUCUGCCCCACUGCACAGACCAGCAGUAGUUUGCUGCUUCAAAGGGGUAGAGGAACAUUAGGCUUCGUGGGGAAGUUCUCUGGGUCACCCAGGUUUCUGCAGCAGCAAGCUUAACUUAAAUAUCAAAACAAACCAGGCUCUGGCUGAUCAGAAGACCCCAACUUCUUCAUUCCACAAAAAUUUAGUGGGUACCUCCCCUAUGCCAGACACUGUGCCAGGUCUAGGGGUACAACAUUAAAAACAAAAACCAAACUCUCAAGGACAGUACACCUCCAUGUGCUCCUAAAAGAAAUGCAGUUCACCUUCCCUAAAGCUGACAGUAUAGGUCAAAGCGGUCAGACCAAGCUGGGGCUAUUAUUUUGCGACAUUAAUUUAGUUAUUCCUUGGAUCGGAUUAUUUUAACUGGCAGUGAGCAACCACAGGAAGAAUCUGCCUGCCUGAUGGUGGCUCAUGCUCAAAGCAACUUUCAGGAAAGGUUGGAGGCAAAGGGUCUGAACUGAGUGUUGCAGGGAAGGGAUUUUCAGGUUCUUUCACCCAUGCCCCAAUACCAUUUGGCCAGGUAGCUGUCAGGGCAUAACUCCUGCCCCUGGAAAUUCCUUGCCCUUACAGCACUAUCGCUACUUCUAUGCAGUACAGCUCAGGGGCUGCUGUCUUUUUUUUUUGCAUUCAGUUUAGGGGUGAGUAUGAGAGAGACAGCUCCCCAUUUUACUCCAUUGUAAAGUGAAAUGUUAAGGCCUGGAUCCCCUUUCUGCUUAAAAUGGAUUUUUUGCUACUUUAUUAAAGAAAUUGAGAAAUGGUGGGACAUCAAACAGAAGCGAAGCCUUCCUUUAGUCGCUCCUGUGUAAAAUCCAGGUUAUGAUACAAACGGUGCUGGGAAUAACCCUUUAUCUAAAACUACAUCCUUCUCCUAGGUGCUACCAUGUCUUGAACUCCACACUUAAUAUUUGGUUUGUCCAUCCUGCCCUUAACAGGGUAACACAUUAUUCUGAUGCUUGGGGGUGUUGGGGACUUAGCCGAUUCCCCUGGGAAAGGCACCCGGAGGCACAGCAAAGUGCACAGAUGGCAUCACUGCUUUUCCCAGAGUCUGCUCCAGAUGCCACAUAAUCUAAGUAUAAAGUAUCCGGCGUAGGCUUGCUUAAUACAUGACUGUUAAACCACAGACGGUUCACCAAAGGAGAAGUGAUGGGAGCAUUCCGAAAGAUGGCGGCAGCGACACUGGUCAGAACCACAACCGUCUAUGGGUUGAAUUGCUUUUGUUCUCCAUUUUCCUAGUGCAUUAUUUAGAACAUCAGCUAUCACAUGGAAAAAUAGAAGAGGGAGGGUGGUUUGGUUGUCUGAGUUUGGGAAAUUUAGGUUUUACAAAGUUGAAUAAUUUUUCUAUUGUUGGACAUGCACAGUGAGAGGGGUGUAAGCUCUUACGUUACUCAAAUCUGACAUCAAAUCCUUUUGCCAAUAACUGCAUCAAGGGGCUCGUGUAUGGGGGAACGUGUUGGAAGACCUGCUCAUAAUUAAGAAAUCAGCCUAGCAACAUGACCUAAUAAUGUGUGUAAUUUGGGACCUAGUUAAAGAAAUCUAAACUUAAACCUUCAAGGGCAGCCUUACCCCAGAAGGUGUGCCAGAGCUCUCCAAGGAGUUCGCAAGCCAGAAUUGUUUUCAGAUAGCAAGUUUUGGUUCCUCACCUUCAUGUAGUGUUCUUUCCUAAGAAUUGUCUACCCCAGAAAAUGCCCUUUCCUCACUUUACAAAAGAAAACAUCCUCAACCCUACCACAGAGCAGGACCCAAGGCAUAAAAACAUUUGGGGGCAUCCACUCAAAAUAAGGGUGCUCAGAUGGAAGAGACCCUUAAUAACAGGGUACGAAGCCUGUUGCAAGUCAGGGGGUUUCCAAUUCUUUGCUUUCAACAUCCAAGGUGGAUCCAAUUGGGCUGACUUUCUUACAUAUAACCAAGAACAGUUCGAGGAAUUCAGUGAUACUGCAAUCACAAAACCCUUUCCCUCCCCAUCUCCAUAUUUAUGUGAACAAGGAGUGUCAGCAAUUCCACACCUAAGACAGAAAAGAAUGAUGAAAAUUGAUGCUGUAUCUUGGCUCCCUCUAAGAAUAAUAUUAAUCUACAAAUCUUUGAACCACCUGGGGAGAAAAUCUCUCUCCAUCUCAUUAGCUAAUACAUUUCCAAUGAAAUCUUGCUAUGUUUAAUAAUUACAAUUUGUACUAUAGUCGAUCACUGACUGAGUGUUACUAAAACUCAAUCCAGAAGAAAUUUUUUAUAUACUUAAAGGAAACUAUAUAAUUUUAUAUGAUUGUGUUACAGAUGUAUAAAUUAAACAAUGUAAAAGCAAACAUUUUUAGGUUCAAAUUGAGAGGGACGUGAAAUACAAAUUCAUAGUAAAAAGAAAAAUGUGGCAUUUCCUACUAUUGAAAAUUGCCUUAUUCAUGUAAUUUUUGGAAAGCUGCUGGUGUCUAUCGAGUAGCUAUUGUAUUUAGAGCCUCUUGGCUAAAUUUUUAAAGGAAUGUUAUCAGUUUUAUUUAAAGUUGGAAUAUCUACAAUAUACCAGAAAUUAUAUGCUCUGGCAAUAUUUAAGAUGAAAACUUCUGGAUGUCAAUUUACAAAUUGCAAGGGAAUCUAUAGAUUUUCAAAAUACACUUAGGAGGUAUCUGAGCAUAAAUGUUUAAUUUUGCUGAUCAGAGGUCACUAAAUGAAUUUAUUUGGAAGGCAAAGAGGAUGGUUAAAAGGGGUUCAAUCAUUUUAAAAAGGAAGGUAACAUCCUUCAACUUGCAAGACAUUUAAGUUUUGAGGACAAUCCUAAAGCCGUAUUCUAAUCAACAUACAAUUAAUUAGAUUAAGAAAUAUUCAGAUUACAAAAUCAGCAUUUGAAUAAUUUUGAAUAGUUUUUUCCAGGUUUUCAAUUUUCAGAAUACUUUCUCCUUCAGAGCAAGACUCCCCAAUGAUUCCGUCUCUUUCCGAAAUUUCCACAUUUCUUAUUUUUCAUUAGGCUUUAAGAGACUGCAUUUGUAAACUUGUGUUUCAUUAUUAAAGCUUAAUUUAUUUUUUUAUAUAAAUAGGGUGUGCUUGUGUGUACCUAAAGAAUUAUGUGAAGGAGUCAUACAGAUGUUGACUAUUGUUAAUGUGGAAAAUUAAAUGGCAUCUGCCCAGA